AUGGGGAAGCCGAAGCCAGUAACGAUUGCAGGGACUCCUAAGGCCCAGGCGCUGAAGCCGAAGCCACAGGGGGGAAACACAGACCAUGGCGCAGCCGACGCCGCCCGGCAGAGCAGUGCCGGCGGCAAACAGGGUGUGGCGAGGGACGCCAGGCUCUUGCCUAAUUCGAGAAAAUUCGACGAGCAGAAGCCUCGUCUUGCCGAGCAGCAACAGCAGCAGCAGCAACACCGACCCCAGCAGCAGAACAAUAGAGUUUCCUCACCCGCACCCCAAGCUCAAAGUGCGCCCCUAACGGCCGGUGUGAAAGACGCAGUCGGCAAGCUGCACCGCCCAACACGCUCAACCUCCUACACAACUCCGCUCCCACUGUUGGGCAACGAGUCGAAGCUAAAGGCGGGAACGGCGGCAGCUACCCAGGCUCCUCUGACUGAGGAAAACCUUCGAAGCCUCCUCCGCUCGCUGGACGGUAGUGGCGGCAGAAGAACUGCUGCUGAGCCUGCUGCCCGUGCCAGUGCCAGUGUCACUGAUCCUGAUCCUGCCCCACCCACAGCCGCAACGACUGGUCCAAAUCCAUCAUCAUUCAUGCGGAAGUCAAAAUCCCCCAAGAAGCACGACAAGGACAAGGACAAGAAAAAGAGCAAACCCGACCCCGACACACAUCCAUUGAACCUGCCUCCUGACCAGCUGCGUCAACUUACGGUCCAGAUGGCUCGACAAGAGGCUGAGGCCGAGGCCGAGGCCAGCGCCAAUGCCAGUGCCAAUGCCAGCAAAGAAUCAGCGUCCGCAGAGAAAACUGCCCCGGAGACAAACAAUCAUGAAUUCGUCUUGCCCCAGGGUAACUUGCCCCCGGGCAACGUGUCAAAAAAGGCUCCAGUCGCUUCUCCCGAGACACCCAGUGAUGGGACGACGACGAACGGUGUCAAUGGUCAUGAUGAACGAAGUCCGACUCCCCCACCGCACCGGGUUCCUGCUGCGCCCAAAGUAGAUCCAGAGGCCUGCAAGGCCGCAGGUAACAAAUUCUUCAAGGCUAAAGACUAUGAUAAAGCAAUUGAAGAAUACACCAAAGCGGUCGAAGCAGAUCCUGCAAACCCAACCUACUUAUCAAACCGAGCCGCCGCCUAUAUUUCUGCCAACAGGUACAGCCAAGCCCUUGGUGAUGCGUUACAAGCAAGCAGAUUAGAUCCUCAAAAUGACAAAAUCCUUCAUCGACUCGCCCGAAUCUACACCUCUCUCGGCCGGCCCCAAGAUGCCUUGGACACCUACGCGAGGAUCCCGAAUGCCUCAGCCACAGAUACCGCCGCGGCCCGGAAAGCUUUGCAAGCGAUUGAAGUGGCAGAGAAACAAAUCAACUCGGAAGGUGGAAAUGGCAAUAUGGCGCUUUGGAGCAUCGAACAGGCUAGACAGACACUAGGACCUGGGACACCAACACCUCGAGGAUGGCAGAUACUGAAAGCCCUUGCUAACUUGAAGGUUGGAUCUGUAAAUUCAUUAGGGGAGGUCCAAGCAAUUGCCCAGAUCUUGCUGCGUGAGAAUCCUAUGGAUGCCGAGGCCAUGGUCCUCGUGGGGCAAGCCUUUUACCUGAGAGACGAGAAACCUCAGCAGGGCAAGAGCGAUUACGAACGUGCAGAAGAGUAUUUUAGACAAGCACUGGCACUCGACCCUGACAACACCGCCGCUCGAAAUUACCUGCGAACCAUGAAGAAGCUGGACAGGGCGAAGACGGAAGCCAACAACCUGUUCAGAAGGGGCAAAUACUCGGAGGCAGUGGCAGCGUACACGGAAGCUCUGAGCAUUGAUCCCGCCAACAAGGCCACCAACGCGAAACUCUUGGGGAAUCGUGCCAUGGCACGGAUCAAAAUCAAAGAGUUCGAGGAAGCCAAGACCGACUGUGACCAAGCGUUGAAACUGGACCCAACAUACAUGAAAGCCCGCAAGACCCGCGCUAAAGCCACGGGUGAGUCAGGCGACUGGGAACAGGCCGUGAAGGACUGGAAGGCGUUGGUCGAAGACAACCCCUCCGAUGCGGAGUUGAACAAGGAAUUGCGCAAUGCGGAGCUGGAGUUGAAGAAGUCUAAACGCAAGGAUUAUUACAAAAUCCUCGGUGUGGAUAAGGAUGCAGGGGACAAGGAUAUUGAGCGAGCGUACAAGCGCAAAGCGGCCGUCCUGCACCCCGACAAGACGAUGGGGGACAAGGCCAAAGAAGAGGAGUUCAAGGACUGUCUCGAGGCCAAGGAGACACUGCUCGAUCCGCAGAAACGCCAUAUCUACGACACCGGAGCGGAUCUGAUGGAACCUGGUAUGGGAGGAGGAUUCCCUGGCGGCAUGGGAGGCUUUGGCGGCAUGGGUGGUGGUGGAGGCGGGGUUCAGAUUGACCCUGAGAUGCUGUUCAACAUGAUGAACGGCAUGGGCGGCGGUGGCGGAGGCGGAUUUAGAUUCAGCAAUGGUGGUGGACGGGGUGGACAGUCGCCGUUUGGUUGA